AUGUCAGAUGCUUCUUUGUAUAUAUCGCUUGCCAAUCUUUUAUCAUGUUCUAGUCUUAUAAAUCAGAAGCUCGAUGAUUCGGUUUUGAAUUUUGUAAGAAAUGAAUUCUCAGUAGGUGAAUACGUCACACUUCCAAAUGUGUUGGGAUUGCUCCUAUGCUACACUCCAGCCAUUGGAAUUUCCCUGGAGAAAAUCGCAUAUAUUGUCGAAAAAUUGACCAAUGACGAGGAUGUGAUAGAUGCCGAAGUUGAUAAGGAUUCAAUUACUGAAUUUUUUGAAUCGCUUCAACUAGUGACCGUAGAUCAGUUAGUGCAACAGACGGCGAAGGAUCUUGUAAAAGAUACAUCACUUCAAUGCCAGGAUGUUGGUAAUGGAGCGUUCCGUAUGGACGAAAAAUACUCAGAUAAGAAAGAAAUGGUGUUUAAGUUCGUCCAAAGCAAGAUAUGGUGGCUGCUGAAGUAUUUACAGACUAUCGACAAGUAUGAUGCAUACUUCUCGUUGCUUGCAGGGUACAUACCGUUUGAAAGAUGGUAUAUAGGCGAAUUCAAGCCGUUCAUAUAUUAUAACCAGCGAGCAGCGAAGCUCCCCAUUUCUUACACUGAGUACUGGGAUCUUGACUUUGAUGGUAAAUUUAGCCUAUUCAUCCAAAAUUUGAACCAAAAUAACUGCAAGGAAUGGCUCAACAGCGUAAUCUUACCUUUGAUUGACUAUAACGGAGGUCACUUCCACCUCUUAGCAGAGUGGCUAUUCCUCAGUGAAGAAGAAAGAAACUUAAUAAACAGUUACAAGUUGUGGAGCAGUGUUUUGAUAACAUUGAGGGGAAACUCGGGUCAGUUGGAGCUUAUGAAUUAUUACAUAGCUUCAUGUUACUACUAUACUAUAUGGCAUGCAGAGUCGCAAAUUCUGCAAAUGCAAAAUAUCAAGAUCCACGACUCAAUUAGAGAGGCAUUGUCAAAUAUAAAUGGCAUUGAUGAGAGCAGCGUGGUGGAUACUCCACAAUUAUCUGCUCUUCUUUCUACCUCAUACACUUCAUUCCAUUCGUUUGUUAAUGACCCAGCAACAAGCUUCCUAGUAGAAUCGCCUUCAUUAUUAUUGGAUAUAAUACAUGUGUGUGAGAAAUUAAAUACAACCACGAAGCUCUCUAUUCACGAUUUCAUUGACCUCAAGUAUAAAUCCAAUCUGCUUUCAAGACAGAAAGAGGCUAUGAAGAUUAUGAAUGGUGUCAAUGAAACGAAUUGGAAACUUGUAUUGGAGUCUUUAGAAAUAUUUAAAGGAGCAUUUAUUGACCAAAGUAGCGAAGAGAGCAUCAGUUUGACUAAACUUGUGAUAAAUAGAUUUUUGCAAGCUAACUUGUUUAAAGUAGUAGAUGAGUUGUAUAAGACUGGAGCCAUUCAGAUUGAAGUUGAUGAGUAUUUCCAAGUCUUACAAGCGAAAUUUUGGGAAUUCUUUCAACUUUCAACUAACUUAAAUGAUAAAAUUGGGAAAUUACAUUUGGCUCAUGAACUAAUCCCGUUGUUCAACACCAUUACUUCAAAUCAAAAAUUAAAUGAAAAGUGUGCAUCUCAAAUUAUUCAAAUCAAGCACCUACUUAAAGCCAUAUCAAAUAUGAAAAAUUUCAAGAUUGUUAUUGAAAGAGGAGUUCCAGUGACCCCUGGCCAAAUAAUUAAUCAAUAUUCGAGCUUCCACAGUGAAUCAAAUUCGCCCAUGGAUUUGAUUUCACUAAUUUUGGAACAGAACCCUAAGUCUUACUUAGCUUACGAAAAGUUGUACAGAAUACUAAAUGAUUUGAUCUUGGGUAUACCUAACAUUGAUUCAUCUAGUAUUGUAGAUGGUUCAAUUGCAAGACUAAAAUCGACAUGUAUUGAAGCAGCAUUAAUUGAUAAUAACUUCCAAUUUGCGUACACGAAGUCGAUGGAAUUGUUUGAACACUUCAGGACAGAUGUGGAAGAAGACAGUAUAAUUUCAAAAACUUGGUUGACAUUUUAUCAAGUUGGGAAAUACGUUUCACCCAGUUGGUAUGACGACGAGGGUGAUAAGGAUGGAAUUGCAAGAAAUAAAAUCGAUACUUUACUUAAGCAGAGAGAAAUCUUAUCAUUGUUGCUUAAAUUCAACAGUAGUAUCAAGGUCACCAGCUCAGAUAACAGUAGGCUUAUCUUGGGUCAGUUGGCUAAGUUAAAUUACGAUAUCGAAGAAUGGUAUGAGCUGGAAGUGGAGUGGAAGAGCCAAGGAAAGACGUUGGGAAGAAGUUCCAUUGGUGGAAGUAGUUUUGAAAAUCAGAAAAUUGGUGCAAUCGCUGGAGAUAUUGUAAACGAGGCUACUCAUACCACCCAUCAAGCUUCAGAAAAGUUGUCCAAUCUCUUUGUCUCAGGAUUAGGCUGGGCAAUUGGAGCAAAUUUGGAGUAG